GCUCCCCACCAGGCACGGCGCAUGCGCCGCCGGAAACCGUGGUGGGCGGGCGUUCCCCUACUUCCAUGCUGCACCGCGGCAGCGGCCGUUCAAAUCGCAGCUGUCUGCCGAUCAGCAAAUGGCGUCCUGCGGCGCUGCGGCCGCUCUUGUCUCUCCAGCGACCUCACCGCUUCUUCCUGAGGCACCACCGGGCCUGAAGCGCAGCGGCAGGGUAAUGUCCCGGAGGAGUGAGCUGAUGGUGGCCUGCCCCGUGGUGUCCGUCGUGUUCCCGGGCGCGGUGACCCGGGAGAGCUGCUGCCUCUUCGCCUGCGAGCUCCUUAAGCACGUCAUGUACCAGCGGCACCAGCUCCCGCUGCCCUACGAGCAGCUCGCCUACUUCUGGCGGCGGGCGGCUAAGGAUGGAGAUGGGAUGAAGAAGCCACCCCCCAUGGACCCUGCAAGCAAGAAGUGCCAGCAGGUGCUAAUGGAGCUGGAGGGAGUGUUCCAGCACUUGGAAGUAAUGUUUAGACUGACACUGGUUCCUCGGGUUCUUAUUCUACUUGGAGGUAAUGUCAUGAGGCCCAAGGAGUUCUACGAGCUCAACUUGGAGGGCAUCCUUGAAGGCAGUGCUGAAGAGAGCCUGAAAACUGCAUCCUGCGUUCGCAAGCUGUUCCACUCGCUGUUUGUUGCAGAUGUCUUCAGUGAACUUAAGGCUCUUCCUGCCAUGGGCACUGUUGUUAUGCUUCAAGGACACCGCAAUUGUGGUGUCGAUUGGUUCCGGCCCAAGCUCAACUAUAAAGUGCCAACCCAAGGGAGGAAACUAACUGUGAAUUUGUCCUGUGAUGGAGACAUCAACAUAAGUGCCUUGCCUGCUCAGAAUGUGACUUCUGACUGGGAGGACUAUGUCUGGUUUCAAGCACCAGUGACACUCAAAGGCUUUCAUGAAUGAUGUGUGCUCUGUAUAACAUUUAUAGAAUAUUCAAUAACCUUUGGUGCUGCUUAAACAGAUGAUAACUUUAUCAAAUUUAACUGUGUAUUCUUGUCUUUCUGGAUCUAUUAUUAAGAGCAUCUGCUGCCUUCAUUUAGUUCCCCUGUGUUCAUCUGUCUUCAUUUUCUGAAUUGUUGAAAGCAAAUACCCUUUAAGGCACAGCUGCACACAGAUACAGUGAUUCUUUAGAGACCUGAAUUGUGGAGAUGAAUUAGUUGAUUGGGAGUGAAUUUUUCCUGCCACAUACUUGUUGAACUGGCAAAUACUGGAUACAGUCUUCUUUCUCCUGAGGUUUUAUUUCUUAAUCCAAAGAGUGGGACUUCACAGAAGUUAGGAUGCCUAGGUACCUCGUGGUGUCUUGUACUGCUGAUGAAAAUAGGUUUAACAGCCCUGUGGAGGAAAAGAAGCACAUCUUCCUUUUUUUUUUUUUGUUUUUACCAACCUUUAGUCCAGCAGCCCUGACUAUCAGGGAGACAGUUAAAAAUAAGCAGUUUCUGCUCUAACUAAUAGGCAAUUAGGACCUCCUGCCUCAAUAUACUAGAAUAUUCUGACUUAAAACAACAGUUAAUUUCUUGCUGACUUUUACUUUCAGACAUCUUAGACUCUGUAUGUUUAUGAAGUGUGAAGAACAGGUGAGGGGAGUGUGAUCAAGUUCAGCACUACAUAUACAGAUAGCUGUUCCUGUUCUAAGUCAGACUGUUACUUGGAAGGAGAGCUUAAGCCCUUUCUUCUGGCCUAGUGUCUAAUGCAGAAUGGGAUAGAAAGGGAAAGAGAGAAACCUUGGAGCACAGUGUGUCAGAACUAGAUAUCUGCUGUAGUUAUCUUCAGUCAGGUGAAUAUGUAUUUGUAAUGUAAUGAGCCUAUUAGUUACAGAGCCCUAUUCUAUUUGAAGAGAAACCCAAUCAUACUGGUAGCAAGGUCACUUGGAGUUUCCUGGUAGCAAAUAUUGCACGAUAAGGUGGUAAAAGUCUUUUGAAAGGAGAGUAAAAGUUGAUGUGCUCCACACUUGAUGCAAGUUUUUAACUUUGUCCUUUUGGAAUGGAAUGAGAUGAUAAAACUAGGAGGAAAUCAAGUUGGUAAUUUUGAGCUUGGAGUCCACUAGGGGUGCUGUCUCUGCCUAUCCAUUAACAACUGCUUACAAUGUGGAGUAACUGCUAAAGCUUACUCUAGGGGAAGAACUGCCAGAAUGAAGAAGGCAGUCUUAUGUGCAUCUUUCUACUUGAAUAUAUAACCACAAGUCUUUUCAAUGAAGCAUAACUUGAACAUAGGAGCAUAUGUGCUCCUAUGGAGCACAUAUGGAGCUCCUAUGAACAUAGGAGCAUAUGUGCUCAGGAGAUCAAAACUCUUCCACCGAAGCUGCUUGUUCUGCAUAAGCUCUUGAAGAGAAGACUUGGUUCUGAGGAGCAAGGACUCCAUUCCUUGCUACUCUCUUCCCCAAAUGAGUGCAAUAUUACUGCAUUAAACUGUUUACAUAUUCUGUUAUACUUGAACUCUGAAUGCAGCAAGGAUGUGCUGGGUAUGAAAGAAGACAAAAUGCUUUGAAUUUUUUUUUUCUUAAGGUUUUGAG